AUGCGCAGCUACUGCCCCGAGGUGUCCACAGACGAGUCGCUACGGUGCCUGGAGGCCAGCAAGGCUGAGCUCGACGCCGCCGUCCGGAUGGCCUCCGCUCUCCAUCAACUGCACGGAGUCCACACACCGCCACCGCCCCCACCGCAGCUAAGCCGAGGAGCCCGACGCGCAGUCGAUCACGUAAAGAAUUCCUUCAUGGAGCACCAGGCGUACGUAGUCGCCAUGAUAGCAGAACUGGCACUGCAGAAACACACCACGCAGACCGGUCAAGACUCAAGAGCUUGCCCUUCACUUCAUCUGCGGCAAACACCGGUUCGGGAGCGGCCGCUGCAUGAUCCACCACGCCAACUUCUUGGCGAAUUGAAGCAGAAGGCCACGCAGUUCGCCGGCGAAGCUCCGUCGCUCUUCUUCGCUGAGGUAAACGCCCUGACCAGAGGCGCCUCUGACGUGACCCUCUGCUGCCCUGCGCCGCCGUCGCACGGCCCCGGCGGUUGCUCGGCUUGCGAGUUCGGAGGAAAGAGGCUCGUGCACCCUACCGGUGAAGAGUUCUACGGCCGGGUGGGCUUCACCGAUGGCGAAGACCCCGCCAUGGUGGACCGCUUCAAGAAGCAUCCGGACUCCGAGCUAGUUUUCUCAUGUCAAAUUGUAACGGUGUGCAGUUCAUCUUGUGGAGGAGUGAACAGUAUUGUGAAAUACAAUUCACCGGCAACAAGUUACUUCUGUAGUUGCCACUUCUGGAGCUUCAAUAGAGAGAGGAAGGCUGGGGAUAAUCUUGCUGCGACGGCCCUCGAGUCCGCCGCCCUCGCCCUCGGCUCCAACGCCACGAAGAAGAUUGACAAGGAACGUGCCGGCGUGGUCGAAGGCGCCGGCGUGGUCAAGGAGUUCUCCGCCGGCGUGGAGACCCUCGUGACGAAGGGGCCCAUGGAAAUCUCCCCCUUGAGCAUCCCGCUCGCGAUAUCGAACGCCGGGUCCGCCCUGGUCUCCAUCGACGCGGGCAUCGGCUUCCUGGGCCCGAACUACUCGAUCUCAACCGCCUGCGCCACCUCCAACCACUGUUUCCACAGCGCCGCGGACCAGAUCCGCCUGGGCCGAGCGGACGUCAUGGUCGCCGGCGGCGCGGAGGCCGCGAUCAUGGAUAUUAAUCUGCAUGGGUCGCAGGUUAACUACAUAAACGUUCAUGCAACCUCGUCGCUUGCUGGGGACCUGGCAGAAGCGAAUGCUUUAAAGCAAGUCUUCAAGGACACGUACCGAAUUAAAAUGAACGCGACCAAGUUCAUGGCAGGGCAUUGCCUUGGCGCGGCAGUCGGUUUGGAGGCCAUUGUCACCAUCAAAGCCAUAACCACCGGAUGGGUGCAUCCGACUAUAAACCAAUUUAAUGCUGACCCGGCAGUUGAUCAAUUUGACACGGUGCGUAAUGUAAAACAGCAGCAUAAAGUACACGUUGGCAUCUCCAAUUCGUUUGGAUUUGGUGGACACAAUUCAGUGGUAGUGUUCGCACCGUUAAGCAUUGCACAUUCAGUUAGAAACUAGAAACGCAAUUUAAUCAGAAAACGGUGAAUACCUUCCUGGAUGUUUUCUUGGAAGUGAAAGGUGUUACUCCCUCCGUCCAAGAAUACAAGGCUUGUUUUAUUUUGAAAAAGUGAAUCUUUGUAUACUUCAAUCAACAAUUGGUUAAAUUAUAAGUAUGCCAAAAUGCU